CACGACUCCGGAAGGAUUUCUCCAGGCCGCCGGAUGUGACGUAAGGCCAAGGCGCGCCGGAGGCCACGGAGAAAGCGCCGAGAAGGCGGGCCCCGCCUGAGAUCUGGCAGUCAGUGACAGAGCCGGGCGCCCACUGCCCAAGCGUCAUCAACAGCAUCAUGCCCGCACUCCUGGAGCGCCCCAAGCUUUCCAACGCCAUGGCCAGGGCUCUGCACCGGCACAUCAUGAUGGAGCGGGAGCGCAAGCGGCAGGAGGAGGAAGAGGUGGACAAGAUGAUGGAACAGAAAAUGAAAGAAGAGCAGGAGAGAAGAAAGAAAAAGGAGAUGGAAGAGAGAAUGUCACUAGAAGAGACCAAGGAACAAAUUCUGAAGCUGCAGGAGAAGCUGUCAGCACUGCAGGAGGAGAAGCACCAGCUUUUCUUGCAGCUCAAGAAAGUUUUGCAUGAGGAAGAAAAACGGAGGCGAAAGGAACAGAGUGACCUCACCACUCUGACGUCAGCUGCCUAUCAGCAGAGCCUGACGGUUCACACAGGGACUCACCUCCUCAGCAUGCAGGGGAGUCCCGGAGGACACAACCGCCCAGGCACUCUCAUGGCAGCUGACAGAGCCAAGCAGAUGUUUGGACCCCAAGUGCUUACGACCCGGCACUACGUGGGAUCAGCAGCUGCUUUUGCAGGGACCCCAGAACAUGGACAGUUCCAAGGCAGUCCAGGGGGUGCUUAUGGGACUGCCCAGCCCCCACCUCACUAUGGGCCUACACAACCGGCCUACAGUCCUAGCCAGCAGCUCAGGGCACCCCCGGCCUUCCCUGCAGUGCAGUACCUGCCGCAGCCGCAGCCGCAGCCGCAGCCUUAUGCAGUGCACGGGCACUUCCAGCCCACGCAGACAGGGUUCCUCCAGCCUGGGGGUGCCCUGUCUUUGCAAAAGCAGAUGGAGCACGCCAAUCAGCAGACUAGCUUCUCUGACUCAUCUUCUCUGCGGCCCAUGCACCCCCAAGCUCUGCACGCAGCCCCGGGGCUCCUGGCCUCCCCCCAGAUCCCUGUGCAGAUGCAAGCAGCAGCAAAGGCUUUGCCACUACCAGCCAGCCUGGCCCUCGACUUCCUUUCAUUCAACACAGCCAGAAUCCACGAUUCUACCACAAGUAACCUCCAGCUAACUCCAACGUACCCUCCAUCCUUCAGGGUGGGGGGUUCUUCCUGUGCACCCCAAACCAAUAAAAUAUGCCCACUACCACUGCCCGACUGCUGUGUUUGCUUCCCACUAGCUGCCUAACCCACAGACUGGCCUGGCUGCCAACAGCAGCCUCGUCUCUAUCCUUAAAGCUUCUUUCCACCAGCAAAUAAACAACUGAGU